CAAUACAUUAUGUUACAGAUUUUACACGUUUAAGAAACAGCACUAAUACAAACAGAUCACUCAGUUAUAAAUAUCAAGGACUAACAGAGGUGAUGAUAAAUAAAUAUAAAGAAAAUUGACAAGAAUAUUCCAGAGUAGAAAAGAGCGUGUGUAAAAAGGCUGUAGCUGUUGCAGUGUUCACAGUGUGUUAGGUGGAGGAGUUGUGCAGGGAGCCACAGGCAGGAAUGAUUCCUGUGUUGUUCAGUGGUGCACUGUGGGUAAUCUCAGUCUCUCACUGAGCGUGCUACUGUCACUAGCCAGUACAUCAUGGAGUGGGUGGGAGGUGUUAUCCACGAUUGUCCUUAUCUUGGACAACAUCUGCAGAGGGAGUGUUCGCCUGGGCGCCAAACAGCCUCGGAUCGUCACUGCCUCCUGGCGUGAAUAAUCUCGAACCUGCUCUGUGAGAAAGCAAACGUAGCUGUGACCAUGAAACGAGCAGCCGUGGUCAUACCUGCACUUCCUGCUAAUGCCGUGUCUCUUCCUUCAGUCCAGUAUAGUCCAGUCUGACUCUGACGAGGAGGAAGCUUCUGCUCGCUGCAGCCUCAGCAAGAACAAAGGUUUCCUGAACGUACUGAUGAACUGCCAGUGGCAGAGUUUACUGUGUCGGGUGGAGGCCGGGGUCCUCAACAUGUUCGCGGAGGAGGAGGCGGUGCAGGGGGAGCGCUCGCCUCAGUACACCGUCCAGCUCAGAGGCUGCGAGGUCAAACCCGACACCAAGCACUGCUACAGGAUCACACUGAGCAUGCUCGAUGACCAGAUGGCGGUGCUGGAGGUGAGCAGCUCAGAGGAGAAGCAGCGGUGGUUGAAGCUGCUGCAGGACGGCGCUGCGUAUUACUGUCACCAUGACAACAAAACACAGGAGCACUCAGGUGUAACUCUCAGUGGGCUGCAGACUCGCAGGUUUCCCUCCUCCAACACCUACAUGGACGACCCCUUCCACCUGAGCGAGCCAGGCCGAGACCAGCCCAUCUACUCCAACACCUCCGUCCUGGAGCACAUGCUCCACGGCUCUCAGGGUUCGAUUCGCUGCAGCUCGGUGUCGUCCAAAGGCUCAGUGACCUACAGCAACACCGUCCUCAGCAGCCACAACAGGAAGUCGGCCGAAGUGCAGCGAAGCAUUCAGAAGCUCGAGCUGACCGACAGGAAGGUAGUGCCGCUGAGGGCGGGGUCAGAGAUCAACCUGGCAUCCAGCACAAAGCAAAACAAGCGCACCUCCUUCAGACAGUCCCUGGCCAUCUACAGUGAGCGCGCUCAGGCUGGCAUCCUGAACCCUCUGCUGCGACGGACGGCCUCAGCUAAAAACUCCCUGAGACGGGCUCCUUCGGCGCUGUUCAUCGAACAUGGAAAAGUUUUCCAGAGGAGGAAGGUGAGAGUCGCACAAACACAGACGGCCCCGGCUCAAAAUGCUACUGAAGCUUCAUAUUCAAAGAUUCAAAGUUAUUCACACUGAUCAGGUUACAGUGACAUCAGCCUCAUUUCUCUUUAUCCUCAUGUAUCCAGCCAUCAAAUGUAUAACUUAUUAUACAAUUCAGGCUUAUUUACUUAGCACCAA